UCCACCUGGAACACCACCUCUCCCCAGGAUACUCUCUCUCCCCUCACUCCUGUUUGAGGAAAAGCACAGUGAUUAAGAACAUAGCUUUGAAUUUGGGAAUCAGUUGGCUUGGAUUGAAAUCUUGACUCAGCCAUUUAUCAAUUAAGUGUCCACAAGUGACACUGUACUUCUCUGGACCUCAGUUUCUUCAUCUAGGAAAUGGAUCUGCCUUGAGGAUUAACGAGGCAAUGCAUGUAAAGGUGGCUUGGGAGAGUCACAGUUUCCUGGCCUUGCGCCCGCUCUGACCAGAAUGCCCCCUCCCCCCAGCUAAACGGGGCUGGCAGCAUCCCAGCCACCCCUGCUUUCAAGAAACUUCCUCCGCCCACAGAAGUCUGAAUGCGCCCCUUGUGCUGGCUGAGUCAUCUAUAGCUAGCCACCCCUCUGAAGACGACAACAGUGUGGGGACAAGGGCAAGGUGUCCUCCCCAGGCCUCUUUUCCCGUAUCUGUAAAAUAGGGAUGAGACUCUGUCACUCAGUGGUUGAGCGGUUGCCGUGAGCUAGUUACCGGUCAGCUCCUGAGCCCAGGCCUGGCACGGAGCAGGUGUCCACCAAGGGGAGGGGCCCUGGGGGAGGAGGGAUGGUGCCAAGUGGACAGGACAGGCGUGUGCAGGUGCCCGGGCCCUGCAAGUGCACGUGAACGUGGGCUGGCUGGCGGAGGGUGUCACGCCUCAGAAGAGGAACAUUCUUGAGGCAGCCUGUUUCAGGGCCGGUCAGCUUGGGCAGUGCCCACACCAGGCCCCCAGCCAGGGAGCUGCCAGCACCUCGGCUUGUCCACGCACUACCGGGAACUGGCUGAGCAGGCCUGGGGGGCUCCCAGGAGCUUCCACCAACACCCACGGGGACAAGGUCCCUGGCGGUUCUGAAGUCAUAGCAGGGUGCUGGCUGGCAAGGCUGGGUGAGAAUGGGGGGGGCCUCAAGUCUAUUUCUAGAGGCCAUGUUGGGGCUAGGACAGGCCGGGGGGCACCCUGUGGCCUGAAUUCCCCUUGCUUGCUUGCUCAGGUCUCUCUGUGAGUCUAACUCUACCUGCCUCAUGUGACCUGCAUCACAUGACCAGCAUUGUAGCAGCUUCCAGAUGUGGACACUACUUGGCCCCGUGGGGUCAGUGGUGGCACUGAGGCAGCCUGAGUGCCCGUCCUGCAGGGAAGCAAGGGCGGCAUUCUGACCUGGGGUGCGAGUGCAGCUGGCACCGGGCAGCCCUGGCCUGGCCUGCAGAGGGGAUGUUCAGACCUCCCCACUUUAACUGUGACGAGGUGUCAACGUCCACAGGAGAGGUGAGGGGCACUCAGGGUACUGAGAGAGCCCAGAGGAGAGGCUCCUGGAGGAAGUGGCCUCUGUGCUGGGACCGGAGGAUGAAGGUUUGGGAGUCAAAGGAAAGAGAGCUCCAGGUGGGGGGAAGAACUGCCUUUGCAGAAGGGUGGAGGUGAGACACCUGGCGCCCGUGAGUGUCCCAUAGACAUUUAGAUGAUCUGGACAGAGUUGGGGGGGGGAGGUGAGAGCAAGUCUGUAGGAAGGCAGGCUCUCAGGUUUGGAUGUUAGGUCAGGGGGGUGCCAUGCUGGGUGGGGCACUGUCUGUGUAGGGCGUUUGUGACAUGCCCAUGUGCUGUAUGUAUCUGAAUACACAUGUCCCUGUGUGUCUAUGUGUCCCUUGAAUGUCUUUGGGCACGUUCAGGCUGCAAGAGUGACAUCCACUUGUCCCGGCCCAGAGGAAGCCCUGCUCGUGUAUGCUCACCCCCUGCCAGGCCUGCAGGUCCACGCUGGCAGCAAGGCCGCGCUGGCCGCCCUGUGCCCGGGAGACCUGAUCCAGGCCAUCAACGGUGAAAGCACAGAGCUCAUGACACACCUGGAGGCGCAGAACCGCAUCAAGGGCUGCCACGACCACCUCACCCUCUCCGUGAGCAGGCCUGAGGGCAGGAGCUGGCCCGGCACCCCUGAUGACAGCAAGGCCCAGGCACACAGGAUCCACAUCGACCCCGACGCCCAGGAUGCCAGUCCGGCGACCAGCAGGCGGCCCUCGGGUGCUGGGAUUGGGCCAGAAGACGGCAGGCCGAGCCUGGGGUCUCCGUAUGGGCACCCCCCUCGCUUUCCUGUCCCUCACAAUGGCAACAGCAACGAGGCCACCCUGCCAGCCCUGAUGAGCGCUCUGCACGUGUCUCCGCCCCCCAGCGCCGACCCAGCCAGAGGCCCCCCGCGGAGCCGGGACUGCAGAGUGGACCUGGGCUCCGAGGUGUACAGGAUGCUGCGCGAGCCCGCCGAGCCCUCUGCCUCGGAGCCCAAGCAGUCUGGCUCCUUCCGCUACCUGCAGGGCAUGCUCGAGGCGGGCGAGGGCGGGGAGCGGCCCGGGCCCGGCGGCCCCCGGAACCUCAAGCUGGGCGCCCCGCUGAGCGGCCUGCAGGGGCUGCCCGAGUGCGCGCGCUGCGGCCGUGGCAUCGUGGGCACCAUCGUGAAGGCGCGCGACAAGCUCUACCACCCCGAGUGCUUCAUGUGCAGCGACUGCGGCCUGAACCUCAAGCAGCGCGGCUACUUCUUCCUGGACGAGCGGCUCUACUGCGAGCGCCACGCCAAGGCGCGCGUCACGCCGCCCGAGGGCUACGACGUGGUGGCCGUGUACCCCAACGCCAAGGUGGAGCUCGUCUGAGCCGGGCCCGUCCCCGCCCCUCUGUUUUCAGUGUCCCUGCGCGGCCCGUGUAAAUACGCGUCUCCCCCGCCCGUCUAAUAAAGUUCCUACCCCCGGCCUCGAA